UAACAUUUUAUUUUUACUUAAUUUAUUUAAAACAAAAUUCCUUUUUCAACAAUAAAUACAUGGUAGAAGAACAACAAAAACGUAAAAGAACACCUUCACAAUUAGUCUGUCCAAAAAUUGAAGAAAUUGGACUUUAUUGUGGAACAGCUUCAAAUAAUAAUUUAAUAGCGACAAAUAAUUCUGGACAAAUUUAUAAUUGUCAAAUGAAUCAAAUGACGUUUAUUGGAGGACAAAAUGUUGCCCAAUGUAGGGAUUUUUUUACAACAAAUUUUUCCAAAAAAGAUUUUAUCUUGGUUGAUUUUCAACUCCUUUCAAGGGAAGAGGGAAACUAA